AUGACGAAAAAAGAAGAAACCCCUUGCCAGGAGGAGGUGCCCAGGUCCUCGUCAGCAAAGCGCAAGUCCGCUGCCGUUGACGAGAUCGAGGUUGAUCUUGCGGCGCCGGAGCCACCGUCCAAGCGAGCCCGUCGUGCGCUGAAAAAAGGCAAGGCUCUCCCUGCCAAGGCAGCCUCGAGCGACGACGAAAAGGACGGCGACGACGAGGAGAACAAGGGCAAUAAGGCCAAGACUCGGUCGGAACAUGGCGUCUGGAUCGGCAACCUUCCCUUCACGCUCACGGCAGCCGAUCUGCGACGAUGGCUGGUCGACAACUCGGGCGAGGUGAUCAAGGAUGAAUCCAUCACGCGUAUCAAGCUGCCGACGGUGAAGGAGCCCGGCCGAGACAAGACGAAGAAGCCGGCGAACAAAGGCUUUGCCUACGUCGACUUUGCCGAGCUCGGACCCAAGGUCGCGGCCAUCGCGCUCUCCGAAACGGGCCUCGGCGGCCGAAGCAUCCUCAUCAAGGACUCGACCUCGUUCGAAGGCAGACCGGCCAAGGCGAAAGAAGACGGCGACGGCGACGGCGACGAGGCUUCCCGCGGCAAGCUCCAGAAGAAGGAUGUCGAGGCGAGCAGAAAGGUCUUCGUCGGCAACAUGGGCUUCAAGACGACCGAGGACGACCUGCGGAGGAACUUUGAAAAGUGCGGCGAGAUCGAGUGGGUGAAGCUGGCGACGUUUGAGGACAGCGGCAAAUGCAAGGGAUUCGGCUGGGUCAAGUUCAAGGAGGCCGAGGCCGCCGCCUGGGCCGUCAAGGGUUUCGUCAAGAUCAAGGAGGCCAUCGAGACCGAGGACGACUUCAAGCGGGACGGCGGCGACGAACCGGACGAGGACGAGGGCGGAGACGAGGGCAAGAAGGAGCGACAGUUCAAGACGAGGAAAUGGUGGGUGAACCGGAUGCAGGGGCGGCAGCUGAAGCUCGAACUGGCCGAGGACGACCAGACGCGGUACAAGAAGCGCUUCACCGGCGGCGGCCAAGGGGGGGGCAAGCCGGCGACCGAGGCGAACGGCAGGCUGCCUCGGGAGAGGUUCGGCGGACACUCGGGCCACGGCGACGACGGGGCGGACAAGGCCAAGACGAUCAAGCCGCUCAAGGAGGCCACGGACAUCCAGGUGGCGAGGCUGACGGGUGCCGUCGUGACGCACACGGGCACGAAGACGACGUUUGACUGA